AUGACGUUGCAUGUGGAGACUUUUACGGAGACUGUUCGUCUAACCCAUGUGAGAACGCAGGAGUUUGCGUUGAAGAUGUACAUGGUAGAUUCCAGUGUUUUUGUCGGAAACUAUUCACUGGACGGAGAUGUCAAGUUCAAAUUGAACUGGACGGAAUGUAAGACCGGCGAUUGUAAAAACGGCGGAUUCUGCUCUUCUGACACUAGUUGUAGUUGCAAAGGAGGCUUCCGAGGCAUACAGUGUGAUACACCCAAGCAUAUUGGAAAUGAUAGUAUUUCAGUAAAUAAGGAACACCCUAGUAUAAUUAAAAUAGCUCAACAUAAGAAAAACAAUGAUGUAAAUUUUAAUUUUGAACCAGUACAGCUGGAUUUUGUUGACAAACAAAUAGAUAAAUUAAAUUGUAAGAAAGCAACGGGUAUUGAUGGCAUUUCAAGUAAACUUAUUAAAUUGGCAAAACCUACAAUAGUUGCUCCAUUAACAGACCUCAUCAAUCAAUCUUUUUCUACUGCAGUUUUUCCGGAUCAACUAAAGUUAGCACAAGUGACACCCCUGCAUAAAAAGAAUAGUACUUUAGAUAAAGGUAAUUAUAGACCAGUAAGCAUUUUGCCUGUUGUGUCAAAAUUAUUUGAAAGAGCCAUCAAUACUCAGAUAUCUGACUUUUUUAAUGUACAUUUUCAUGCUUUCCUGUCAGCCUUUAGACCUGGUUAUGGUUGUCAGUCCACGCUGCUUAGGGUAAUAGAAGACUGGAAAAGAGACCUUGAUGAAAAUAAGUACUCCAAUACUGCUGUUAUACCUAAGGUAAGGACCACAAGAUACGGCAUCAGCUCUUUCCGCUUCAGCGCGGCCAGGCUUUGGAAUUCUCUACCGCAAAACUUCAGAGACCAAUCAAACUACAAUUGCUUCCGAAGUCUGGUCAGCGCAUGGAGUGGAGAGAGUUGCGCUUGUUCUUGCUGUUCCGCAGCUUCAUAGCCUUAUUUAUUUACUAAAUUUAGUUGUAGUUUUGUUUGCAUUUAGUUUUAUUUGUACUGCUUUUAUUUAUUUUUGCUUGCAUUUCCCUUGUUUUCUUCUGUUUGCUUUGUUUGUAUGUGUAGUUAUCAUCCCUUUCCAGUCUCUAUAACCCUAAGAGCGUAAGUACUUUUGUUUUUGCCGAAUUUGUGUGCAUGUAUUUGCUGCUUUUUAUGUCUUAACUAUGAAAUAUAUUCUAAUUUGUGUUA